UCAAAGAAGAAAUGUCUGCAGAAAACCCAACAAUCGUAGGCCCAGCGGGUGGUCAAUCAACCCAAAAGAACGGCAAAGGUGGUGAUGGUAGCAUUGGUACCUUCUCUGUGAAGAGCGGACUCGCACAAAUGCUUAAGGGCGGUGUCAUCAUGGAUGUUGUCAACGCUGAACAAGCUCGUAUCGCUGAAGAAGCCGGUGCUUGUGCCGUCAUGGCACUCGAACGUGUACCAGCAGAUAUCCGUCAAGAAGGUGGCGUUUCUAGAAUGUCUGAUCCUGUACUUAUCAAGGAAAUCAUCGACGCUGUUACUAUCCCUGUCAUGGCUAAGGCACGUAUUGGCCACUUUGUCGAAUCCCAGAUUCUCCAAGAGUGUGGAGUUGAUUACAUCGACGAAUCUGAGGUACUCACACCAGCAGAUGAGCAACAUCACAUCAACAAGCACCAAUUCAAGGUACCUUUCGUCUGUGGAUGCAAAAACCUCGGUGAAGCACUCAGAAGAAUAUCAGAAGGUGCUGCUAUGAUCAGAACAAAGGGUGAAGCCGGUACAGGAAAUGUAGUCGAAGCUGUAAGACACGAGAGACAAUUAAUGGCAGACAUCAGAAAGGCAGCUUCUAUGGAAGAAGAAGAACUUUACGCUUUCGCUAAAGAUUUACAAGCACCAUACCACCUUCUCAAGGAAACUGCCAGACUUAAGAGAUUGCCUGUUGUUAACUUUGCUGCUGGUGGUUUGGCUACCCCUGCAGACGCAGCUAUGAUGAUGCAAUUAGGCUGUGAUGGUGUCUUCGUCGGUUCAGGUAUCUUCAAAUCAGGAGAUCCUCUUAAGCGCGCUAAAGCUAUCGUUCAAGCCACAACUCACUACCAAAACCCUAAGAUUCUCGCACAAGUUUCCGAAGGUCUUGGUGAAGCCAUGGUUGGCCUUAACGUUGAUAAGAACCUCAAGGGUGGCCAAUUCGCUCAACGUGGUUGGUAAAAAGUAGAUUGAAUCAUUUUAGACAUGUUAUUAUGCAAACCAUCUUCAACUUUGGAUUUUUACUUUUUUCAAAACCAGUGUAACAAACAGUAAAGAAAUACAUUAAAUAUAAACUACAGUUAUUCUAGCAA